GGCUAACAUUAGCUUCGGAGCUCCAGAGAGAGAGGGGCGUGUUCUGGGUCAGGAGGCCGAGCAGAGAGCACCAGAGGCGGCGUGUGUUCCCCGCAGAGAGCCGGUCAGCAUGGAGCACCGGAGCCCCGCAGACCCGCAUCUGGACCGGGUGGUGGAGCACCGGAGCCCCGCAGACCCGCAUCUGGACCGGGUGGUGGAGCACCGGAGCCCCGCAGACCCGCAUCUGGACCGGGUGGUGGAGCACCGGAGCCCCGGAGACCCGCAUCUGGACCGGGCCGUGGAGCAGUGGCUGAGCUGGGACCGGAACGUGCUGACCCGCUCCCAGGUGGAGGUGUUUCUCUCGGACAGGAAGUGGGAGGAGCUUCGCUCAAGGCUCUGCAGCAGAAUGAGCUUCGGCACCGCCGGGCUGCGAGGACCAAUGGGAGCCGGGUUCAACAGGGUCAACGACCUCACCGUCAUACAGACCACUCAGGGCUUGUACUCCUACCUGCUCAGGUGUUGUUCAGACGUCUCCAGCAGAGGAGUGGUGGUUGGUUUCGAUACGAGAGGACAGCAGGAGAGCGGCUGCAGCAGCAGCAGGCUGGCUCGCCUGGUGGCCGCGGUGCUCCUGAGCCGAGGUGUUCCCGUCCAUCUCUUCUCCGCCUUCGUCCCCACACCGUACGUGCCGUUCGCUGUGAAGAAGCUGGGUGCAGCAGCUGGAGUGAUGAUCACCGCCUCACACAAUCCCAAAGAAGACAACGGGUACAAGGUGUACUGGUGUAACGGCGCUCAGAUCUGCUCUCCUCACGAUAAGGAGAUCGUGAGGAGCAUCGAGGAGGAGCUGCAGCCCUGGAGCGCCUCCUGCUGGGCGGAGGAGGAGGUGCAGGUGAACCCUCUGAGGACAGACCCUCUGCCCCACAUCAACCUGUGCUACAUGGAGGAGCUGCAGAGCCUCUGCUUCCACAGGGAUCUGAACAGAGCCUCUCCUCUGAAGUUCGUCCACUCUUCGUUCCACGGUGUCGGUCACGUCUUCGUUCAGAAAGCCUUCGAGGCGUUCGGCUUCGUUCCUCCGCUCGCGGUCCCGGAGCAGAAGGACCCCGACCCGGAGUUCCCCUCGCUGCGCUGCCCCAACCCAGAGGAGGGGGCGUCAGUGCUGGAGCUUUCUCUCCUCCUGGCAGAGCGGGAAAACGCUCACAUCGUUCUGGCGACGGAUCCCGAUGCCGACCGGCUCGCUGCGGCAGAACGAUGUGACGGGGGUGGGUGGAAGGUGUUUUCUGGGAACGAGCUGGCGGCGCUGCUGGGCUGGUGGAUGUUCCUCCACUGGAAGGAGGCUCACCCCGACCCUGCAGACCUCCAGAAGCUCUUCAUGCUCUCCACCACCGUGUCCUCCAAGAUCCUGCAGGCCCUCGCCCGCAUCGAGGGCUUCCACUUCGAGGAGACUCUGCCGGGCUUUAAGUGGAUCGGGAACAGAAUCCACGAGCUUUCCAAAGCAGGAAACAGCGUCAUCUUCGCCUUCGAGGAGUCCAUCGGGUUCCUGUGUGGCGGCUCGAUCCCGGAUAAAGACGGUGUGAGCGCGGCGGUGGUCGUGGCUGAGAUGGCGACGUUCCUUCACAAUAAAAGCCUGAGUCUGAACCAGCAGCUGCUCAACAUCUACCACACGUACGGGCCCCACCUGUCGCAGACGUCCUAUGUGAUCUGUGACGACCCCCCCACCGUCAGCAGGAUCUUCCACCGCCUCAGGAACUUCCACGGCGAGGACUCGUACCCGCAGCACUGCGGCGGCGUGCGCGUCGCUAACGUCCGCGACGUUACCACGGGAUACGACAGCAGCCGCGCCGACCGCACAUCCGUACUUCCUGUGACAAGGAGCGGUCACAUGAUCACCUUCACGCUGCAGAAUGGCGUCGUGGCAACGCUGAGGACGAGCGGCACCGAACCAAAAAUCAAAUACUACACAGAGUACUGCGCCGCGCCGGGGACCAGCCAGGCGGCGGCUCUGCAGGAAGAGCUGGACCGGAUCACCGCGGCGCUGCUGGACGACUUCCUGGAGCCCGAAAAGAACAACCUGAUUCGCCGCUGCGUCUAGCCCUGCCCCCUUCUGCUGAUGACGUCACAUCCUGCCGUGUUCGUGGACGAAUCAGAGCUGCUUCUCACGAUGAAGUUCAGUUUGGACUGAAUCAACAAUCACUAAGGUCUGAGAUGGAAACCAAAGAGGAGGAUUUUCACAGGAAGAGAGUCACGUUGAAACCGUGGAAACAUAUUUCAUUUCAAGGACGGUGUACGGAAGUUCAUUAACGACAAAACAACUGAGAGCAGAAAAUAAUACAUCAUUCUAAAUCACGUUUCUGUGCGGCGGCCUUUUGCAAAAAAAUCAUGUCUACGCUCUUCGUUAACGAGAGAAUUUCUCUUAUUUUAACAACAAUUUUCAUUUUCUCAUGACUGAUGUCAUCACCAUUUUCUCACUUAAUAUUUCUCUCAUAGAUUUUCAGAUUUGUUAUAAUCUCGGUAAAUAUUAAAGUUUUUUUCCCGUAAAUUUCACAUGUUUUUCUUAAAUAUUUACAACUUCUGUCAUGGAGCCCUGGAUUGUAUUAGCCUCGCCAGUCCCUCAGCAUAUCUCGGGUAGUUUUCUCGUUGAUAUAUGACUUUAUAAUCUUACAGAAAACCCGUUAAUUAAAAAAUAUAUAUAUUGUAAAAUCCUGAGUUUCAUUACCCCACCAGAGAAAGCUAUGAAGCCGAAAUGUUGUGGUCUUUAUAAUUACGCAUUUUCAGUCGCACACAGUUUCGCGACUUCUUUAGAUUGACAGUUAUCCCGGUGAACGUUUUUUUCUGUUUUUAUUCAACUUAAAGGUAGGGUAGGUAAAGCCGAUUUUGGCCGUCGAUGGAUGUCAGGCCGACGAUGAGCGUCCUGUCGCCCUACUCAGAUUGGUGCACCGUCGUGUCUUUUCGGCCGUGCCGACACUUUUUUGGCCGAAAACCUACCGAUUCGGCAUGUAAGGGAAGUUAUUGUCAUUUGUUCUGGGAAUGUCAUUUUCGAGCCUGAGACCUGAAAAACAGGCUUGGGGCUUAACAGGUUGAAUCCACGAAAUUCAUAUUUGUAUAACCCCCAUUAUACCCCCAUUUUUCUGAUUAUGCAUUUUCACUGUCGUGCAUUUCGACAGUUUUACCACAAAUUACAUCACAGUUAGUGGCGUCACUAAAUGUGACUUCUGAUCUCUUUCUGAUUAUACAUUUUCAGUCGUGGUUUCAUCAGUUUUACCACAAACUGCGACUUCUCGUAAAAUAUGACUUUCUAAUCUUACAGAAAACCCAAAUCUUUCUUUACCUUAAAACAUUGUUUUACUCGUAAAUGUCCCAAUUUCUCCAGAUUGCAUUACAAUAAUCCCACAGAACGUUUGUUCUCGUACAUUUCUUAAUGUUUUUUCACGUAAAUAUACGACUUAAAUCUUGGAAAUUCAUAAUUGUAUAAACCCCAUCAGAGAAAGUUGUGAAGUCACUUAUGCGACCUUAAAGGGCCCAUGUCAUGGCCAUUUCCACUGAUCAUAAUUACAUUGUUGAGGUAUACUAAAAUAGAUUUAUACUGUGCAAUUUUCCAAACUCACAUUGGUUUCGCAUACAGCAUC